AGGUGUCCUGUGACGGCCCUUGAUCAGCAAGGCUGGAAGUCAUGUAGAAGCCACAGUAACUGCAGAGUCUCUGAUGGAUAAUUGGAUUGAGCUAAGAUCACAGCUAACAAGUGAUGAAGCAGCCUUUCUUUUACUGGAGCUCAGGGAGUAAUAUGUGGGAGGCUGUGGACUAUUUGCUUCCGACAUAGGAACAGCACUGGGUUGGGAAUCUGCACUUCAGAGAGAAUGCUGGGAAUCUGCAGAGGGCGACGGAAAUUCCUGGCUGCCUCUCUGACCGUCCUUUUUGUCCCAGCCAUUACAUGGAUUUAUCUGUUUGCUGGGAGUUUUGAAGAUGGGAAGCCAGUGUCACUGCCUCCACUUGAAUCCCAGCCCCACAGUCCUCGGUACAUGGCGUCAAGCCAGCAGGAGCGUGAGAGCUUGGAAGUCCGCAUGCGGGAGGUGGAGGAGGAGAACCGUGUGCUUCGCAAGCAGCUCAGCCUGGCACAGAGUCGCAGCCCCUUGCACCACCGAGGCAAUCACUCCAAAACCUUUUCCAUGGAAGAGGGGACAGGCGACAGCGAGAGCCUGCGGGCUGGCAUUGUGGCAGGGAACAGCUCUGAGUGUGGGCAGCAACCAGCAGUGGAAAAAUGUGAGACCAUUCACGUUGCCAUUGUUUGUGCAGGGUACAAUGCCAGUCGGGAUGUUGUCACACUUGUCAAGUCUGUCUUAUUUCACAGGCGAAACCCACUCCACUUCCACCUCAUCGCAGAUGCAAUUGCUAAACAGAUCCUGGCAACUCUGUUCCAGACAUGGAUGGUCCCUGCUGUGCGCAUAGACUUCUAUGAUGCAGAUGAGCUCAAGUCGGAAGUGUCUUGGAUCCCCAACAAACACUACUCUGGGAUUUACGGGCUGAUGAAGCUGGUUCUGACUAAGACUCUACCUUCCAAUCUUGAGCGAGUUAUUGUCCUCGACACAGACAUAACAUUUGCCACUGACAUUGCUGAGCUAUGGGCCGUCUUUCACAAGUUCAAAGGGCAGCAGGUUCUUGGCUUGGUGGAGAACCAAAGCGAUUGGUAUUUAGGCAACCUUUGGAAGAAUCAUCGUCCCUGGCCAGCACUUGGGAGGGGCUACAAUACAGGGGUUAUCUUGCUGCUUCUUGAUAAGUUACGGAAGAUGAAAUGGGAGCAGAUGUGGAGACUCACAGCAGAGCGGGAGUUAAUGAGCAUGCUGUCCACUUCACUGGCUGACCAGGAUAUCUUCAAUGCAGUCAUCAAACAAAAUCCCUUCCUUGUCUACCAGCUCCCAUGUUUCUGGAAUGUGCAGCUGUCUGAUCAUACCCGUUCUGAACAGUGCUACAGAGAUGUGUCUGACCUGAAGGUGAUUCACUGGAACUCACCAAAGAAGCUGCGGGUGAAAAACAAGCACGUGGAGUUUUUCCGCAACCUCUACCUGACAUUCCUGGAAUAUGAUGGGAAUUUGCUGAGACGAGAACUCUUUGGCUGCCCCAGUGAGGCAGAUGUUAACAGUGAAAAUCUCCAGAAACAGCUGUCUGAGCUGGAUGAGGAUGACUUAUGUUAUGAAUUUCGUCGAGAACGUUUCACUGUCCACCGCACUCAUUUGUAUUUUCUACAUUACGAAUAUGAACAUGCUUCAGACAAUACAGAUGUAACACUGGUGGCUCAACUAUCAAUGGACAGGCUCCAGAUGCUUGAAGCCAUCUGCAAACAUUGGGAAGGUCCAAUCAGCCUGGCACUCUAUCUUUCUGAUGCAGAAGCCCAGCAAUUUCUGCGCUACGCCCAGGGCUCAGAAGUACUUAUGAGCCGCCACAAUGUCGGCUACCAUAUCGUGUAUAAGGAGGGACAGUUCUAUCCUGUGAAUCUGCUAAGGAAUGUGGCCAUGAAGCAUAUCAGCACACCAUACAUGUUUCUGUCUGACAUUGACUUCUUGCCCAUGUAUGGACUCUACGAGUACCUCAGAAAGUCUGUCAUCCAGCUAGACCUGGCUAACACCAAGAAAGCUCUGAUUGUACCUGCUUUUGAGACCUUACGCUACCGCCUCUCCUUCCCCAAGUCAAAAGCAGAGCUGCUAUCUAUGUUGGACAUGGGAACCCUCUUCACAUUCAGGUAUCACGUCUGGACAAAAGGGCAUGCACCAACAAACUUUGCCAAGUGGCGAACAGCCACCACACCCUACCGUGUUGAGUGGGAAGCAGACUUUGAGCCAUAUGUUGUUGUGAGGAAGGACUGCCCGGAGUAUGACAGGCGUUUUGUUGGAUUUGGCUGGAACAAAGUAGCUCACAUCAUGGAACUGGAUGCGCAGGAGUACGAGUUCACAGUGCUGCCCAACGCCUACAUGAUCCACAUGCCGCAUGCCCCCAGCUUUGACAUCACCAAGUUUCGCUCCAACAAGCAAUACCGCGUCUGUCUCAAGACCCUGAAGGAGGAGUUCCAACAGGAUAUGUCGCGCCACUAUGGCUUUGCAGCCCUCAAAUAUCUCACGGCAGAGAACAACAGCUAGCACAACAGAGCCCAUGUGCAGGAAACAGGGACACAGGAGGGAAGAGCCACUCAAUGUUUGAGGCCCAGUCUUCAAACUUCGAACUGAGAAAUACUUUCUGGUUUUAUAUCAUACUCAGCAGUUCUAUCAGUAGAAAUUUGAAGUGACAUGUCUUCGAACUAUGCUCAUUCAUCCCUUUCCCAAAUACCCCAAGCCUUUCAGCUUUAGCAUUUGUGAGGUGUCAGCAAGAGGGGCCAGCCUCACGCCCACCAUGCUGCCAGAGGUGGGGAAUGGGCAGGGGCUGGGAAUGCAUUCUGAUGUCCUAACUGCAGAGCAAAGACAGAGAAUGUAGGAUUUCAUGUUGCUAUUUAAUAAUUUGACAUGCUUUUUAUCUGUAAAGGAAGAUCUUCGGAUCGCUGUCCUGUGAAUUUCAAAUCUGCACUACUCUAAAAGGGAACUUUCACCUGUGAACUUUCACAGGGACCCUUUUAACAUGGAUGACCUUGUUAAUGCAGGAUGAGCCAAAAGUCUGAAUUAGCCUUGAAAACGAAGGGGACGCUUAUACAAUACUUCACUCCAGAGAAGAUGUAUUACUGGGUUGUGUAUACAUGAUAGCAGUUGGUCUUUUAGUCUCAAAUUAGUUGUUUUAUCAUGAUAAUCCCCUAUACCCCACCUUACCUUUUCCCCAGUCCUAAAUGCUGCUUCUUUUCUUGCCAAGGAAAUGUCUCCCUUGUGGUUUUUUUCCCAUCUUCAGUUCUGGUGGUCCAGUAAAGAAGUAGCUCUGCCAGAAAGUGAACACAACUUGUCAGUGUAUGGUGUUUUUUUGCCAGAGCAACUUGUUUGUGUGUGUUUCAUAAAAUAAAGGGCCUGGCUGUAACUCUUUAUCUUUUUUAGGCAGGAAUUGGAUUUUGCCUAUAAGGCAUGUUGUGCGGGGGGAUAUAUUGAUUUGUAGGCUUAUUUCAGUGCACACCCAUCCAUGAAAACAUUGGGCCUGGGCUUUACGUGGACUUCUUCGCUGAAUAGGUAACAUAAACAUGGCAACUAGUAGCCUUGGUGCUCUCCUGCUACCUGCUGCAAGGUCUUAGAACUACUUCAUUAAAGGAGUUUAUAAUUAAAAGGAGCAGAACUGUUAGGAAUAAACUCCCCAUUUGAGGGGGAAAGAAGAAUGUAUUGGAAAUCUGAAAGUGAGUGUUUACCUGAACUGGUAAAGUUCACAAUUUGGGUACACACAGGAGUAUGCUGGAGGGUGGACAGGAAACCUAACAACUAAAAUGCAGAAACAAAACACUGGACUUUUUACCAUUUUCUUUAUUCUUCAGAAUUCAUAUUGUGUUUACAUGGGAUGAAGAGAUGAGGUUUAAUGCACUACCCCUUGCAGGACUAUUUGUAAUUUCUGUUGCAAUUUUAAUAGAGAAAGCAGAAACAAAUCAGUGAGAAAUGCAUCAGUCUCCGUAUCCCAGAUCGCCAUACAACCACUGCCUGAGUUGGGAAAUGGAUCCACAUGCGUUCUCUCACUUUUUUUCCAUUUUGUUUUUCAGCCACUGGUCUUUCUACUUUCCUCCCCACCUCAUCCCUCUAGAGCUUGUUUUUAUUUCUAACAUGACAUUUUGUGAGAGCUUUCUGUCAUGGUGGAAACCACACAUUUAAACUACAAAUAUCAGUUCAUCAUGCUGUGUAUAUACAAGAUAACCCAAAAAAGGCAACAUCUUUGACAAGAAAUAAAAAGGGGUGGGAGGCUACAUGUAAUUUUCACUUUUUCCCCUGAGAGUGUUGGCUGUGUAAGAAUACAUCCCUGCAUAAUUUUCCAAAGUGCUUUUCUUCUGUUCUUAAUGGCUUUGUGUAGAGAUUUGCAUAAAAAGCUGGGAAGAGCUGUGAAGAAGUGAAAUGAGUGUUUAGUCAUGGCUAAGAUACAUUGUUUUAAAAAACCCAAAAUCUUAACUCCCCAAAUCCCAUAUUACUCACCAUUAAGGACUCAGGUCACUGUGCAUACUGAGAUUGAGAAAAACCCUGCAGCGCAAUCCUGUUGAUUAGCCAGUGUGCGGAAAGAUAUCAAAGGCUGAUCAAAAGAGAGGCUAACACUGGUUGUUCCUACAUACAGCCUCCAGUCAGAACUUCAGUGUGGCCACCAUUAUGUUUCAUAUUAAAAGCUUUCAUUUCCACAUGUUUAUUUCUCCUUGGCUGAACAAUGUUGCCCAAGGAUGGAUUGGAUUACCCUGCAGCAGCAUAACCUGGAGUGUAACCUGUAUGUUCUUUGGAUGUGUCAUUAUCGACAUGAACGUUAUUCUCUCCUUGGUCACGAGAUGCAGAUAGGGGAGCAGGGAGGUAAUCAUUUGCUACUUGCCUGUCUGUACAGCAAGUCAUGAAACCUGGGUAGGUUUAGGUGAGCUAGUUACACCAGCUCAAAGAUUGGUAGUAGGUUCAAAGAGCCCCCUUUUUUUCCUUAUAGACACUGUACUGACUUGUAUCUGUCAUGUCAUGUUUGUCUAUGUGUUUCAUAAUUUGGGAGGUGUUGGGAUUGGGGUUUUUUAACAUGUUUCAGCCAAUUUACAUAACAGCAGAUUAGGAUUACAUAUCUGUCUGUAACUGCCAGGGCUCCUCCAACACCGUGAAAAAAACACCACUGACAAUGAAAGUCCCCAACACGGUUAUAACACUGACAGUCUUCCAGCCCCCUGCUGUAGUAGGUAUUUGCUAGCAACUUUGUUACUUAAUUCUCAAUUUUCUCCUGAAAUCUUCAAGAAAGAUAAACCUGGUUACUUAAUGCCUUUGAUUUAUUGAUUUGUUCUACCGACUUCUCUCUUGAAUCUUCAGUCUAUGACCUCUCCUUAUCUUUGAUAUUUGGGAAGUGAGAGUCUCUCAGAUAUCAUUCUAGCACCUUCUCUGGUGAAGACUGAUGCAAAUAAAUCAUUUAGAUUCUUGACAAUGUCCUUAUUGUUUUUAAUUGUUUCUUCUACGUAAUGUUUGGGGUGGCCUGCUGUUUUCUGCUUUUGGCAUACUGAGCAAAUAUGUAUUUUCAGUUUUAACUUCCUACUAUUUGCUCUUCAAAUUUCUCCUUACCUUGCUCAACUCCAUCUUAACCAUUACAUACCUUCCUUUCAGCUUUACAGAGGUUUUAUUUCCAUUCUCUGAAGGUUUCCUGUUUGGCCUGUAUAACUUCUAAAAUUUCCAAUUAAGUCAUACCAUCAUUUCCUUGUCCUUGUCUUCCAUUUAUCUAAGGGGAUACCAUACUCCAUGGCUGUUUAUAAGCCCUUUCCAUUUUUAAUCUUAGGAUUUCAGUUUUCUUUUUAUUUAGAGCCACUGAUUCUUUAAAAAGAAAGAAGGGGUUUGGGGUUUAAAUUUUUAUAUCAAAUAUCACCCUACUAUGUUUUGAGGAUUUGUAUUUUUUUCUUUGCUAACCUUUUCCUAGUCAAGGUAUCAGAAAUAAAACCUUAGAAAAUUCUUUUGUUCUUCUAAUUUGGCCUCUUAUCUUGAUACAUUUAGCUCUAUAUCUCCCUUUUACCCCUCCACUCUGAAACAUUGACACUUAUGAGUCACUGCAAACUUCUCAGUCCCAAAGUCUGAACUAUGUAUUUCCCAGCACCUUCUGACAUCCCACUACAUUUCAGACAUAAUUAUUAUUCCAAAUAAUAAUCUACUGUCUGGCACAUAAUCCUGUCUGUUUUCAUGCUUUUCCCUUUGAUAUAACAGGCUUUGCUAGUUUUAAAUAUUGGGCAAAGCACUUGGCCUUAUUUAAUGCCUUAUUGUAACCCUCUAAGAGGUUUCCAUGAUUUCUCUCUGUUGUCACAGUAUAUAUGUUCGAAUGUUUGCUGUAGUUUCCAUCCUAUAAUUUUCUGACUAAAGGUCAUCUACCAUUUUCCUACCUGACAGACCUAGAAAAUGUCUUUGUUUAUCCCGAAUAGUCCCUAGUUAUCUAUCAGAUUUUUUUCCUAAGUCCUACUUCUAGUAAUUCCUUCCAGCCUUACUAGCUUCCUAUAUGAGCAAUCUGGUUCCACUUCAUAAUUUACAAUUUUUGUCCAUUUCUCAUCAGCAUCUUGGACUCGAUGUCAAAAAGGUAUUAGCAACUGUACCUGCAGUUUCAUUGCUUUUCUUAGACUGAAUAUCACAUAUGCUCUCAUUAUUCCUAAAGCACUGAUUUUUUACCUGGAAGGCUUCAUGUAGUUUGUAUGAAAAUCAUAAACUGCAUUUUCCUUUUACUGCAACAAGCAGAGGCACUUUGUAGUGUUAUUUGCAGUAGCUGUUACAGCAGAUUAAGCCCUGUAUUAGAGGGAAAAGCACAAAAACCUUAUCAGACUUGUAGCUACUCUUUCUCUCCACAGGGGAAAAUAAGGCCCUAGUACAGCUGAACAGUUUCAUAAAUGCCCUGCACAAAACACAUUGCACAUUAAUUUUUGGUAUGUAUAAUCAUACAUCAUCCAAUUAAAUACAAAAAAUACUUUUUUUUAUGUUCUUAUUUUUACAUGCAGUUCUGUCCAGAAAAUGAUGCAUUUCCUUCUGUGUCUUGCCAGUUUCCCCAUUACUCUAGCCUGCCUAAUAGCUCCAUCUGGUUUUGGCUGAGAAAUAUUAAUGACCAGCAACACUGAGAGCCCUGGCAAAUCAGCAGAGAUAUUAUUCUUAGCAUUGUUCAGGACAUCCCUUCCUACUCUGCCAGAUACUGUAUGGGUGUUCCUCAGGCUUCAGUGCAGCAACAGGAGAGCACAGCAAAUUCAGCAAGUAGGGUGAGAAUCAUUAUUUAUGAACUUCAACAAGAUCUAAUACAAUAGACGGUGGGACUGCUAAAAAAAAAAAAAAAAAAAAAAAAAAAGAAUGUAUCAUUGUUAGCUCAAAAAUAUUUCAGUUUUAGGAAAAGAAAUCAGUUUCUGAAACUCCAGUAAGUGAGACUGGAACAAGUCACUAGUAGACAAUGACAGCCAAUAACCUAGUAUUUCCACUGCUAUAUUAAAAAUGCAGAAGCAUUGAUAGCUAAAUGAAGUCAUUUUUACUGUAGUAAUUAAUAAUGUAUAUUUAGACGGUGUGUUUAGAUCCAAACACCUAGGUGAAUUAGGGAUUGUUUGAAGAUUGUUACUUUGGUUCACAAUAUAAAAUUAUGUUUGGAAAAGCUUCUGGCUGUGCACAGUAAAUUAUGGCUCAGGAAAUUCUUACAAACCUAGAUUGAGAAAUACCUUGCUCUUGUAGGAAUUUGUUUUCAUCAGUAGUCAUACAUACACAAAGCAAGACACAGAGUCCUUGAGAAUUUCAAAAGGAGUUGUGUACAUGUCAGUUGACUGGAACAUUUUUCUCUUAUGACUACUUGGAAUUUGGGGUUUGUUUUCUCUGCAGAGUAGAAUUAUUAUGAUGAGUUGAAAAAAUAAUCUGGGAAUUAAACAGCCAGCCAAAUAUUUAUUUGUGUGAUGGAUCAUAUGAAUUUUUUUGUCCAGACAUAUUGAUGGGUACUGCAAUGGAAUUCUUAACUCAUUGAGAGUGUUGGAAUGCAAAAGAUCUGAAACCCAGGCUAUGAAUUUAGUAGGUGGCCCACCUGUAGUAAAUUCUGUGGGUUGUAAAAUUCAUGAAAGUCAGCACUGAGAUUAAACUAUUGUCAGCUCAGAUGUUUCAUUUGUUUCAAUUAUUUGGAUUCCCACAUUGCUCCUUCAGUGCUCAUAAGAAAAAGAAAAAAAAGAUAAUAGCAGCUUGAUAACAGUAAGUCUGACUACCCAGACAUUUUUCAAUUGUCAGCACUGAGGUCAAUGGUUGGGGCGAAGCUGGAGUUAGCAAGGUUUGUAGAAUUUCUUCUUUAGAUCUGCCUUUGGAUCUGUUCCAUCUGUGCUCUCCAGUGAUGCUAUAAGGAAAAGCAAAGCUAUCCAAUGCUGAUUGAUCCAUGAACUUUUCAUCCAGUCGGAACUAACCACCAGCAUCAGGAAGGAAGCUGCACUGCUGUCUGCUUUGAGGUUUUUUAGAUGGCAAUAGUGAGUUCAGUAUGAAAUCUAUUAUUCUGAUGAUAGACUUUGCUGAGCUGCUCUGCAUAUUAGAUGUAUACUCACCAUGAGUGACAGAGGCCCCUUGGGGUUAGGGAACCCAGCAGUUCGCUGGUUCAGAAUGAAAACAAGAGAUGUGUGUAUCUUCCCUCAGCACCUUGCCCAGUGUUUACUAAUUUUAUUAGCACCAAUUAGACCAGCUGGUCUGAGACUGUGUUCAGGCUGGGCAGUCAGCUUCUGCUGCCUGUGUUGAUAAGAGGACAGAUAAACAAAAUUAUGCUUUCUGUUCAUAACAGCAAUAAAUAUUGCAAUAUGGGUUCAAAUGGCUCAUGGAGGGUUUACAUCUUUUACUUUUCACUGUUAGGGAAAAAAAAAAAAAAAAAAAAAAAGCGAUGAGUUCUGUAAGGACUCACAAGAAUUAACAUUCACAGAGAUUCAUCAAUGCUAAAUAUCCACCAAGUUAACCUGCCAGUUUUUGUCAUGAAUGCUGAGAAUACAGGCACUGUCAUCUUCUCUCUGAUUAUACUUUGUUACCAUAAAUUCGGUCUCAAAAGAACCCUCUAAGACUUAGUUUGAAGUUUUAAAAGUAAGGCAUUCUUUAUUGCAUUGCUGGAUGCACAAGGGAUCAUUCCACUUAACGUGCAUGCCAAAAGACAAGGGCACACUUAUUAUAUACAAUAAAGCAAAUUAAUAUUCAUGUAAUUUCCAAGAAGUACACACCUAUUUCCAGAUAAACUAAUGCAUAUGUUAAUACAUUGGGCAAGCUUACUAGCAGUUGGGGAAGGGUCCCUGAGGGGCUUCAUAGGUGUCUGCUGGUUUAUCUGCCCUGUCCAGGGAUGUACCCAUCACAGUUGCAAAAAUUAUGUCCUUGGGCACAUUCUUGUCUGAAGCCCCUUACAGCAAUUAGUGCCAACUGCUUGCAGGCAUCAGCUAGCAGGCAUCAACUUCAUAGAGCAAAACAAGUGCAUGUAAUUAAAAAAACUCUCUGAAUCAGGUGACCCAAGACCCAAAUAUUUUAUAUUUUUUGUUGCUUUCAUUUCCAUUUUCAUGUGUGAAAUUAGCAGUUUGCAAAACUUUUUAAUUUUCUUAAGCUGAUACAGCUUUCUUCUGCAUCAAUCAGACUUGCAAGUUGUCUGGGGUGAAGAAUAGAUCUGACAGGUUGUUGAGAUGUCCUCAGCACCACUUCAGUGCAGAGAGACCUUUUCUUGUAGCCUGGGGGAGUUUUCUUUCUUUUGUGCUAUCACAGGUUUUAUUUCUAUCUUAGUAGUGUCUCUUCCAGUAAGUACAAAAGACUAUUGGCUUGUGCUAGACCACUGCAUGUGUUCAUUACUAAAGCAAUGUUUCUGGCAUGGCAUCUGGGCUUUCACAGAAAUUUAUUCUGCAGGAUUUUUUUCCAAUUGUAGUCUUCAAGCCGACAUCUGAGAGAAAAUCCAGCAAUUUGAAGAUGUAAGGAAGGGAUCAAUAUGCUUUGUUUUAUUUUUAACAUAUUAAUAUUGUUCAAGCUUUUCUGCCCACUACUCCCAUAUAUCUUCCAGAAAAAUGCUGUUUUGAGAAGAAUUAUUGCAAGUAAUCUAGUGGGACUGAAAUCAGCAGCAUAUAUGGAGAUAAGUAACCUGUUCAAGCCAUAAGUUUUAGCACAAGUUUCUACAAUUUACAAAUUUACUAUUAUUUCUGUAGGUCUCAAUUUAAGGAUCCUUCUUCAGCCAGCCCUUUCUCAGGUUUUCUGUUUUUUCUCCACAUUCCCAGUCUGCUGCACCCCUACAUCCAUGUUUAUACAUGCCUUAGGUAAGUGUUGGUAGGUAUUUUAAGGACAAUAUAGACAGUUUCCACAGUGCUGAGGUCUGGUUAUAACAAUUGCAUAGAAAAAGUUAUCUUUCUGUUGCUGGUUCCCUUAAACUAGCAGAACUCAUUUCAAAAAUAAGAGAAAAACAAAUACUUGGGUUGGUGGGGGAGAUGAGAGUGAGAGACUUAGGCCUUUAAUACUGUUAAUGCCAAGACAAGAUCAGGUUGCUUAGGACCUGACACAUUACUACAAGUUGGUAGCCAUGCAUAAGAUGACAAUAGUGAUUCUGUGUGACUCUGGAAGAAACUGACUUUAGAAGACUUGUCAUAGAUCAUUUAGUCAGAGGCCAUAGGUUUCACAUUUCCUGUGGAUUUGAAUUGCCUUUCACAAAGCCCUCUCACAGUAGCAUGAUUUCCAAUGGACAAGCACUAACAAGUAUAACAAGUGUAUAAACACUUCCUUUCCUUCCAAACUCACUAUAGAUCAUGAUGGUAUUACUUGCUCUGUUUCUCCGCUCUACAGCAGAGGCUCCAAAACCUGAAGAAAGGUAGCACCGAAGUGAUCUAAACACCAAAUGUACCUUGCAGUGCCAGAAUCCUUAGGAUUUUAGGUGCUCAGCUGGAAGCAUUCAGGCCAUGCAACUUGGUGGCUGUUUGAGACACAUGGUGUUGGAGUUGGUCCCCUUAGUUUCCUCUGAUAGUCAGUAGUAAGCGGACCUCAGCAAAGGGCUUUUCUGUUCACCUAAGCACUCCAUCACCCUUUCCUCUCUGACUAGCAGAAAAGGUUACAAUGCUGAUGGUCCCCAUGCAGGUGUCUCAGGAGUAGACCUGCCCAAAGAAACAUGGGACAAAUCUGGGCCAAUGAGCAUCAGUAUGAGCCACCACCUACUCAUUUAUAUUGCCGGUGGCAAAAUCCCCUGGAAACUAAGCAGCAAGUGCUACCAGGCCAUAUACUCAAUAUUAGCUGACAAAACCAACGAUCUAUAUGAUGAAAAAAAUAUGGGCAGAUCAGCCAUGGGAGGGGAAUGAUUUGUGGACUCCAGAAACUGAUACAGGUUGUGACAGACAGCUUGUGCUAACAGCCAGGAAAGCGCUCAUUUUCAGCACAAAGAUGUGGGCUUCAUAAUGGUAGUUAAAAUAUUGCCCCCAUCAUUGCUGGUUAAGUUGUGCAACAUUCAUUGCACUGUAUUAUCACUGUGCAGCUCUGCUGAAUAUGGGUGUAGUAUUUGCAGUGUAUCAGCCAGUGCUUUUCCAAAAGUGCAUGUAAGAAAUCUGUGAGAAACAAGGGGAAAAAAAAAACCAAAAAAAAACCACCCAACCAGUAGCAGUCUUUCACAUGUGUUUCUUCUUAAGACUCAAGCGUCAUUCCUUUUCUAUCGUGACCAAGGUGAUUCUACAUUCUCCAGGGGAAAAUUGGGAUGUCGGAACCUUUAGGGUGAACCAUGCAUGAAACAAGGCUUGUAGUUUUCUUGCAAGGCCUGUGGCACUGAAGGGUUUUGAAUCUUCAACUCACCACUAUGUCAGUACAUUACCGGAUUGGCUGGCCUUCUGCUUGAACUAAUACUGAAAUCUUUUGUUUGUCUCCCCAGGUUGGGGAUAUAUUCUUAAGUAACAUUUCAGGAAAGGAAAAAAAAUGUGUCUUCUUUCCUUCUGCUGCCCCAUCUCCCAAGCACUUCCCCCUCCAGGGUUAGACUGAGACAACUUGCAUUUAACACAAACCACUUAGUUUACAUGUAUGCUUCAGUCUGGGUGUAAGUUUUCUAGGUGACAAUUUUAUCAAGGAAAAUACUGUUUAGAUUGUGUGUGGGGGAAAAAAAAAAAAAAAAAAAAAAAGCUUGUAAAUAUUU